CACCUUCGAGUUGUAUUUCAUUCGUGGAGUAGUGUUCAUACGCCGGUGGCAGAAACCUUUUAAAUAUAAAUUAUUUUUAAUUAAAAUAGUUGUUAGUGGAAGAAGUUGAAUUUUAAUAACAAUGCCGCCAUCAAAGGAGCGUUUGGCUCGGAUUAAGCUGGCUAAACAGGAAUUCCUGAUUAAAAAAGGAAUGGUUCAAAGGAAAACACCAACGGAAAUUCGCUCGCGGCGGCAAUCUGUUCGUGCAAAAACCGCCAAUAGCACCAAACAGGUCGACGACGUAGGCCGCGAGGCCGACGAAAACGAUAACAGUGCGAUUCCACAGCUAUCUACGGACGGUCACACAGUGCCAAAGGGAAUUUGUUCGCGGCGGCAAUCCGUCCGCGGAAAACCCUGUGACGUCGGUCGCGAGGGCGACAAAAGUGCGCCAACUCUGUUAUCUACGGCCGGUCACACGGUGCCGAGCAUUCCAACGGAAAUUCGCUCGCGGCGGCAAUCCGUUCGAGGAACAAGUGUCGACGUAGGCCGCGAGGACGACGAAAACGGCAAAAGCGCGAAAACUCUGGUAUCUACGGACGGUCACAUGGUGCCCAGCAUUCCAACGGGAAUUCGCUCGCGGCGGCAAUCUGUCCGUGCAAAGACCGCCAAUAGCACCAAACAGGUCGACGACGUAGGCCGCGAGGCCGACGAAAACGAUAACAGUGCGACUCCACAGCCAUCCACGGACGGUCACACAGUGCCAAACAAUCCAAAGAGAAUUUCUUCGCGGCGGCAAUCCGUCCGCGGAAAACCCUGUGACGUCGGUUGCGAGGGCGACAAAAACGACAAAAGUGCGACAACUCUGUUAUCUACGGCCGGUCACACGGUACCCAACAUCCCAACGGGAAUUCGCUCGCGGCGGCAAUCCGUUCGCGGAACAACUGUCGACGUAGGCCGCGAGGACGACGAAAACGGCAAAAGCGCGAAAACUCUGCUAUCUACGGACGGUCACAUGGUGCCCAGCAUUCCAACGGGAAUUCGCUCGCGGCGGCAAUCCGUCCGCGCAAAGACCACCAAUAACACCAAACAGGUCGACGACGUAGGCCGCGAGGCCGACGAAAACGAUAACAGUGCGACUCCACAGCCAUCCACGGACGGUCACACAGUGCCAAACAAUCCAAAGAGAAUUUCUUCGCGGCGGCAAUCCGUCCGCGGAAAACCCUGUGACGUCGGUUGCGAGGGCGACAAAAACGACAAAAGUGCGACAACUCUGUUAUCUACGGCCGGUCACACGGUGCCGAGCAUUCCAACGGAAAUUCGCUCGCGGCGGCAAUCCGUUCGAGGAACAACUGUCGACGUAGGCCGCGAGGACGACGAAAACGGCAAAAGCGCGAAAACUCUGGUAUCUACGGACGGUCACAUGGUGCCCAGCAUUCCAACGGGAAUUCGCUCGCGGCGGCAAUCCGUUGAUGCAAAGACCACCAAUAACACCAAACAGGUCGACGGCGUAGGCCGCGAGGCCGACGAAAACGAUAGCAGUGCGACUCCACAGCCAUCCACGGACGGUCGCACAGUGCCAAACAAUCCAAAGGGAAUUUGUUCGCGGCGGAAAUCCGUCCGCGGAAAACCCUGUGACGACGGCCGCGAGGGCGACAAAAACGACAAAAGUGCGACAACUCUGUUAUCUACGGCCGGUCACACGGUGCCCAGCAUUCCAACGGGAAUUUGUUCGCGGCGGCAAUCCGUCCGCGGAAAAACCUGUGACGUCGGUCGCGAGGGCGACAAAAACGACAAAAGUGCGACAACUCUGCUAUCUACGGCCGGUCACACGGUGCCCAGCAUUCCAACGGGAAUUCGCUCGCGGCGGCAAUCCGUUCGCGGAACAACUGUCGACGUAGGCCGCGAGGACGACGAAAACGGCAAUAGCGCGAAAACUCUGCUAUCUACAGACGGUCACAUGGUGCCCAGCAUUCCAACGGGAAUUCGCUCGCGGCGGCAAUCCGUUCGCGGAACAACUGUCGACGUAGGCCGCGAGGAUGACGAAAACGGAAAAAGUCCGACAUCUCAGUUAUUCACGGCCAAAAAAUCGCACAUGGUGCCCAGCAUUCCAACGAAAAUUCAUAAGCGUCAGCAAUCAGUUUGGCAAAUGGAACAAGAAUAACGCAGAACAUCUUAUUGGAGGUCGUGAGGAUAUCAAACAUGAAUACAAUAAAACAACAUCCCAGUUCUGUUCCGUCGGCCAUAUGGUGUCCAGUCCAACAAAGUUGAAAACUGCUACUAACGAGUCAGAAAGUUUCGUUACACCAUCGGCAA